UUCAAGGGGGUAUUCUGUGCGAAAAUGACAAGCACACAGCGGAGUGAGAGCGCGAACCACAUGCUGAGAAAUUAUGUCCCUCCUGGAUGCCCAAUGCACAUGUUUGUCCAGAAAUACAUGAGGCUUCAGUUCGAUCGCGAAUCGGAGGAGAAUUACGAGGAGAAACGCACACGCAUUGGGAAGCCACUGAUGAGGGCUAAUCUUGCAGUGGAGAGGCAUGCAAGCAAGAUAUACACACGAGCUAUGUUUGAACAGUUUGGGCAUAUUUUGUAUGAGUGUGGAGCUUAUCAGGUGGAGGAGAUUGAGAAACACAAAACAUACAUGGCAAUACAUAGCGAAACAGAGAAAAGGGAGAAGUGGUGUAGAGUAUCUUACAAGGUGACUAUGCUCGACGGUGGAGAUGAGUUUGAUUGCGAGUGUGGAUAGUUUGCGCAUAUGGGACUGCUUUAUAGUCACGUUCUGAAGGUUAGUUGUCUGUCAUAGUUCUGUCA